AUGCAUUUACCUCCAAAAUUAAUUUUAUCACAAGUUAUUCUCUUUUUAAUUAAAGGAAUAAGAAAGUGUCACACAUGUGGAGACGCAAAUAACUCUAUUUCCUGUGACACAAGGACCAUCUACUUGGGUAAUUUACAGAAUUGUGCUCCGGGUGAAGAUUUCUGUAUGACUGAUAUAGUACACGACGGGCACGCUUAUCCAAAAACCUAUAAAAGGUGUGUGACGGAGCAAGAAUGUCGAAACAAAUGGCUCCACCAAUCAUCUGAUCUGGAAUACUGUAUCAACUACGGAAGUGUUCCAAUGUCAGGACAGUACAGCUGCCAUUUUUGUUGUGUAGAAGAUGGAUGUAAUGCCGGGCAGGUUCCGGAAAAAUCAACCUUUUAUACCAAAGCAUGAAAAAGUUGAUAAAAUUUACCAAACAAUUUUAUUUAUUUAACUACA